AUGUCCUUUUCUGUGACAAUAGCUGAAGGUCUAUGGACAUUGUGUUGUGUGUGUUUUGUAGAAAUACCUCUCUUUAAACUUUGUAUAACGAGCCUGUUUUAGUUGAUGAUGGCUAGUAUAAUUUCGGGGUUUCCGCUUAGCAUGUUUUAUCCAUAUGGCAACCCAUCUCAUGACAAUCAUUUACCUCCGAACGACGACGGCAGUUCAAGUGAAAUUCACAUCAGUUCAUCGUUUCCAUUUUUCAACACUAGUCAUAGGUCACUGUUUGUAAAUACCAACGGAGAUUUGACAUUUCUGUCUGCUUUAAGUACCUUUACGCCUUCUCCAUUCCCAUUCCAACAAAAUACUCAGAUAGUUGCUGUAUACUGGGGUGAUAUUGAUACCAGAAAAGGAGGAGACAUCUGGUAUAGGGAAACAACGAACCCUGUAUUACUUCAGAAAGCUUCGACGGAAAUUCACACAGUUUUCCCUCAGCAAUCCGGUUUCAAUGCAAGUUGGAUAUUUGUGACAACUUGGAGUAAAGUUGCAUUUUACGGAUCUGAUUCCAUUGGGCAGAGAAUGCGGAACACUUUCCAAUGUGUUCUUGUAACUGAUGGAACGCAUUCUUUUGUAAUAUACAAUUAUUAUAAAGUACAGUGGACAUCUGGAACUUCAAAUGAUGGUACCAAUGCAGCUGGUUCUGGGUCUCAGGUCGGAUUCGAUGCUGGCGAUGGAGUCAACUACUAUGUUGUAAAUGGCUCUCGAACACCAGAUAUCAUUAAUAUUCCACAGAUGUCUAAUAUUAGAAUUCCGGGGAAAUAUAUAUUCCGUGUUGAUCUUGCUUCAAUAGAACAGGCUACUUUGGUGAACGAGUGUGAUGGGAAAGAUUGUCUUCAUAACGGUACAUGCCAAGAUUUAGAUGGCUUGUCAACAUGGCGAUGUAAUUGUGUUUCUGGAUUUACUGGUAUACUCUGUGAAACAGAGAAAAGACAAAUUAAAAAUGAAAAUAAACCUUAUACAAAACUUAAUCUGGAGACCUUCCCAUCGUAA